GAUCUACACCAACUGCAUAUUAGUGCCGCUUGCUCCACCACAGACACAGAAAUGCCCACUAUUAUCAUUACAGUAACAGCCAGGGUAUGGGUAAAGAAGCCGCAUCAGGCAGCAUCAUAGGCAGCUAUUGUAUAUGACACAGUGCAGGCAGUGUGCAGGACAGCUAUGUGCGAGGACUCGGCGGGAGAUUAGAAUGUAUGUGAGUGCACUGGUGCUGCAGACAAUAAUAUACCAGUGUAGUAGGUACAGGUCGGUGUGUGCGGGCGCUGUGUCUGUGUAUACAGAUGAAGAUCAGGAGCAGCAGACGGGCCCGGUCCCCGCAGCACCCGCAACAUGCUGAGCAGUGCGGCGUGUGGCUGGACACGGCAGAGCUGAAGAGGAGAUCGCAGCAGACACUGAUCCCCUGUACAUCUUCUAACAGGCUUAAUCCACUUUCAAGGAGACAUCGUAUUGAUUCUGCUGUGUUUGACUUUACUCAAACAAAAAUAACACCGCUCUGCACUAAACAGACAUCCAUGUACUCGUUCUUUACACCACCAGGCACGAGAAAUAAACAGACCUGCAAUUCACUGGUUAAUACGUCAGUUCAAAAUUAUUUUAAUAAUUCAUGUAAAAAAAAAAGCAACACAGAAAAUAUAAAUAAGGUGAACUCUUCAACUUCUGAACCAUCUGUAUGUUUGAAUCAAAUGUAUAGCAUGGAUGAACAUGCCGUGCACAAAGAGGAUGUUAACUUGUACAGAGAUAAACAGCAUCCUGCACAUUCAGAACAAAAUGAGAAUGAAGAAGUUAGUGGUGUGUCAGAUAAACCUGGUAACCAGAUGACUUGCUUUAACAAUCAUUCACCAUUGAGAACAGAAGACCACUCUGUAAAAUCCUCUGACUGUUGGACCUCUGGUGCUAAAAGCCCACUGUAUUUAUCUGACUUGCCCAAGGAUGAGUAUGACCAAGAAUCAAAUGGUUCUUCCCCAUAUUGGCUGGGUAGUCAGCUGUUCACUCAGGAUACACAAGGGAACAGAGUAAUCAGCCAUAGGUUUACAAGUGAACAACAAAGGAAUUGCUACCCUGCAGGACCACUUCAGGACAGGACUAAUUUUGCAUGGGAUGUUGCAAGCCCGUUAAGAGGAACGCCCCAAACUUUGCGUGAUGAGGUUUCUCUGCACAAUAUGUUCACUCAGGACUCUGAAGGGAAUAUGGUUAUAAAGCACUAAAUGUCAAUUGCAUAUCCUAAAGUGGGAUAUAUAUGCAGUCUUGGGGGGGGG